CCUUGUUCUGUGUACUGUGGGAGAGCGGAUACAGUGAAUGCGGGGUCCGGGGGGAGGUCGGAUACAGUGAAUGCGGGGUCCGGGGGGAGGUCGGAUACAGUGAAUGCGGGGUCCGGGGGGAGGUCGGAUACAGUGAAUGCGGGGUCCGGGGGGAGGUCGGAUACAGUGAAUGCGGGGUCCGGGGGGAGGUCGGAUACAGUGAAUGCGGGGUCCGGGGAGAGGUCGGAUACAGUGAAUGCGGGGUCCGGGGAGAGCGGAUAUAGGGAAUGCGGGGUCCGGGGACAGCGGAUAUAGUGAAUGCGGGGUCCGGGGACAGCGGAUAUAGUGAAUGCGGGGUCCGGGGACA